AUGUGUGGCUUGCUACUGCUCAAGGUGGUCGGUCAGCUGGUGAUCUUCUUGGUUUACCUAACUCAUAGAUGGGCGGAGGCAGUAGAGUCCAAGGGGGAGGCAUUGGCCGUUAGUUUGGACAUUGCGAAGGCCUUCGAUCGGGUUUGGCACAAAGCGCUUCUUUCGAAGCUCCCUUCCUAUGGGCUUCCCGAGAAAUUGUGCGAUUGGAUCACCAGCUUUCUUGCAGAUCGGAGCAUCAAGGUCGUUGUAGACGGUGCAAGCUCCGAUUGCAAGCCUAUUAAUGCUGGGGUUCCACAAGGCUGCGUGCUAUCGCCAACGCUGUUUCUUCUGCAUAUCAAUAAUAUGUUGCAAACCCGUAACAUUCAUUGCUAUGCGGAUGACAACACUGGUGAUGCUCUUUACACCGGCCGAGACAAUAUUUCUCGGGAAAACGUCUCCGAAUGCCGGAACAAACUUGUGUCUGAAGUCGAGUCUUUGCUGAACAGAGUCUCAGAUUGGGGGCGACUAAAUCUAGUCCAGUUUAACCCCCAGAAGACACAAGUUUGCACGUUAACCGCUAAAAAGAACCCCUUUGUCGUAUCUCCUCAGUUUCAAGGCACUCCCCUUGUUGCCUCAGCCAGUAUCGGAAUCCUCGGCGUUGACAUAUCGAGUGACGUGCAGUUUCAUGGUCACUUGGAAGAGAAAGCCAAAUUGGCCUCUAAAAAGCAUGGCGUGCUCAGCAGAGCGGGACAGUAUUUCAUGCCGGCACACCGCCUGCGACUUUACAAGGCGCAGGUUCGGCCGCACAUGGAAUACUGUUCCCAUCUCUGGGCUGGGGCUCCCCAGUACCAGCUCCUUCCACUUUACCGCAUCCAACGCAGAGCGGCUCGAAUCAUCGACGACCGAGUGCUUUCCGAUCGGCUCGAUUCACUGGCACUGCGAAGAGAUGUUGCAUCUCUUUGCAUUUUAUUUCGCAUAUACCAUGGAGAGUGCUCUGAGGAAUUGUUCGGAUUAAUCCCAGCCGCCAAAUUUCGUGAACGCACUACGCGGCAAACGUCCCGAUACUAUCCACACCAUCUGGAUGCUUGGUGGUCCACCACAGUACGUUUCAAAAGGAGUUUUCUUCCGCGUACAACCUCUCUGUGGAAUAGUUUACCACCGGCGAUUUUUCCGGACCGAUACGACCUGGGGACCUUCAAGAAAAGAGCUUACUCCUUUCUAAAGGGCCGGCAACGCACCUGCAAUUCCCCUGGUGUUGCGGUUGAUCAUGGGCGGCGGUAG